AAAUAUUAUGUACUGUACAUAAUUGUAUGUGCUAUAGUUUUAUAGGACUGGCAAGGAAGCAGGUUUGCUUACACCAGCAUCACCACAAAUGCAUGAGUAAUUCAUCGUGCUAUGUAGUUAAGACAUUGUCAUUCCGAUGUCACUAGGCCAUAAGAAUUUUAAAGUUCCAUUGUCGGACCACUAUGUUACAUGCAGUCCUUCGUUAACCAAAAUGUAAUCAUGUGGGUCAUGACUGUAUGGGAAGACAAGCAGGGGACCUGUUAGGAGGCUACUGCAAUUCUUGGCAAGAGAUCGGGAUGGCUUGGCCUGAGGAUUGGAGGAAAAUGGAGACGGAGAAUUUUGUGACGGCAUUUGAUAUGAAGAUAGAAUUAGAAGCUCUUACUGAUGAAGAAGUUAUCCCUUUUAUCUUGUUAAGUAGCCAGUCCCCAUAUUAAAACUGACAAUGAAGUAGACUCGAAAACCCUAAAACGUCAGAAGGGCUUGCCUUUCUGUUUCAUAGGACUCUGGGAUCAGCUCUUACUCAAGUACCUUGAUUCCAGCAAUCCUCCAAAGGAACAUGCUGCCCUCAUUUUCCUCCCUUUCCUUUGGGUGAUCUAGGGAGAAGUGAUUGCUGAAAACCACUCUCAGCACGAGGGCAGCAGUGUUCCGGGUUCAAUGAUACACCCUUAACUUUUAGUUUUAAAAAAUGUUCACGUUUGCACGAAGUAAGAGGGAAGUCAUUUUGCUAGUAGCACCUCCCAUUUUAUCUAGGAAUAUUGUAUUCACUCUCUUGCUCCAAACAACCUAGGGCAAAAUUCCUUUAGAAUAAUUCAUCUUCCACAAAAGAAGAGUUCCCUUUCACCAAUCCAAACCUUGUGCACCUGGGGACCCGCUUCCCGCCGCACAAAAGCACUUAUUGUCUGUGCGGCAUCAAUCCCCCUGGAUUUUAUGCAGCAUGAAUUUCCUGCACGAGCUGCUCUCGGGCUGCAAACAUACUUCCCCCAUCCUCUUGCCCCCACCCGGAUCCUAAGCUUGUUUCUAAUGUUUCCUCUGGAUGCUAUUAAAAUACCUGGGCACAACGUUACCAAAUAAAUGAAUGAUCAAGAACUUUUGUUUCGUCUGUUAACCUCUAGGCCACUUUCCGGUAAAGUUCUAAAGAGCAACUAAACCCAACCUCUCGUGUAAAGGGGCCAAUCUGCACGGAAACAACAAAAACGUGGACAAAGUUCUUUCCUAAACUUGUGGCUUUGUAGGAUCAUUUGGUUGUUUUCUUCGCGCAACGCUCUGCAGUGGCCUCCAAGGACGCUCGACCCGGCUGCAGCGCUCGCUCCCGCGUCGGCCGGGAGCGGGGAGGGGGCCGAGGCGCUGGGCGGCCCGGGGCGAGAGGAGCGAAGCCUCCGGGCGGCGACGCUCUGGCCCGCGCUCGCUCGAUGGUUUCCGCGCGGCCGCCGGGCCCCGCGGUCCAGUCGCCAGGGGGCGCGCUGGCUGGCGCCGCCGAUCUCCGAGCUGCGCGGCCCGACUCGUUUCCGCCAUAUUGGAUGCCGCAGCCGCUGCUGCCAGUGCUUCCUCCUCCGUCUUCGCCGUGCGCUGCUGGUUCCUGCGGCCCGAGCGGCGGGGAGGUGAAACAGGAGUCGGCUGGAGGAAGAGGAAGAGGAAGAAGGGGGUGGGGAGUGUAGGGGACGGGGCUAGAGGGUAGAAGACCGAGACAGAGCGGGGCGGAGAAGAGAAGGCGCCGCGGCCCAGCCCCUCCCCCGCCCGCUGCCAACCCGCCCCGGCAGCGCCUGUGUUCCCCAGACCGGCGCUCCGCCCGCCCUAGCGGCCAUGCCUCGCUGCCCCUGAGGGAGCCCUUCCCCGCCACUGCUUGCCCUUCCACUCCUGCCCCGGGAUCGCAGCGGCCGGCUCUCCCGCCAGCGCCCCUUCUCGUGGCUGCGCCGCCACCUCCGUCUAGCUCUCCCCACCCAGUGCGGUGGCCGCCGCCUCUUCCGCCGCCGGGCUCGGGGCCUCAGCACCGACAACAUGGAGGCUGUGAAAACCUUCAAUAGCGAGGAUUGUGCCUCUACUCCUGCUUGUACAGACUGCUUUUCCAGCAGCAUGGACACAAGAAGCAUAUUGUAUUCCCUGAAUGACUACAAACCACCAAUUUCUAAAGCGAAAAUGACCCAAAUUACUAAGGCAGCCAUCAAAGCUAUUAAGUUCUAUAAACAUGUGGUACAGAGUGUUGAGAAAUUCAUUCAGAAAUGUAAACCAGAAUACAAGGUACCUGGACUUUAUGUUAUUGAUUCCAUUGUACGACAAUCUCGACAUCAGUUUGGUCAAGAAAAGGAUGUGUUUGCACCCAGAUUUAGUAAUAACAUCAUUAGCACUUUCCAGAAUUUAUAUCGUUGCCCUGGGGAUGACAAGAGUAAAAUAGUGAGAGUAUUAAACUUGUGGCAGAAGAAUAAUGUAUUUAAGAGUGAGAUUAUUCAGCCUCUUUUGGAUAUGGCAGCAGGGAUCCCUCCUCCAGUUGUCACGCCUGUCCUGGCCAGUGCUACUGCUGCUAUGAGCAAUACCCCAGGAACUCCUGUGACACCUGUUACUCCAGCCACUGUGGUCCAAGGUUUACCUGAUCCGUGGGUUUCCCAGAUAGCAAAUACUGAUACGCUCACAGCUGUAGCUCAGAUCCUGCAAAGUCCUCAAGGCCAGCAGUUUCAGCAGUUAAUACAGACUUUGCAGAUACAACAGCAGAAGCCUCAGCCUUCCAUCCUGCAGGCCCUGGAUGCUGGGCUUGUUGUUCAGUUGCAGGCGCUGACGGCUCAGCUGACCGCUGCGGCUGCCGCAGCCAGCACCCUCAACCCCUUAGAGCAGGGAGUGUCCUUUAACAAGAAGUUGAUGGAUAGGUUUGAUUUUGGGGAAGAUUCUGAGCAUAGUGAAGAACCCAAAAAGGAAAUUCCAACUUCUCAACUUUCUCAUGUUUCGGAAUCUGUGAACAAUUCCAUUUUUCAUCAGAUAGCAGAACAACUACAGCAGCAAAACCUUGAACAUCUCAGACAGCAACUCCUGGAACAGCAACAGCCUCAAAAGGCAACCCCUCAGGAUAGUCAAGAAGGAACAUUUGGAUCAGAGCAUUCCGCGACACCAUCACAAGGGAGCAGUCAACAGCAUUUUCUUGAACCUGAAGCAAAUUUGGAUGAUUCCAUAGAUAUUCAGCAACAGGACAUGGAUAUAGAUGAAGGGCAGGAUGGAGUGGAAGAGGAGAUCUUUGAACAAGAAGCAAAGAAAGUGGCUGUUCGCUCAAGAUCAAGAACACAUUCACGAUCCCGUUCAAGAUCACCAAGAAAACGAAGGUCUAGGUCACGAUCUGGUUCUCGAAAGCGUAAACACAGAAAGCGCUCACGCUCACGCUCAAGGGAAAGAAAAAGGAAAUCAUCACGUUCGUACUCUAGUGAGAGAAGAGCUAGAGAAAGGGAGAAAGAACGACAAAAGAAGGGCUUGCCUCCAAUUAGAUCGAAAACAUUAAGUGUAUGCAGUACUACUCUCUGGGUUGGGCAGGUGGACAAGAAGGCCACACAGCAGGAUUUAACCAACCUGUUUGAAGAGUUUGGACAAAUUGAAUCCAUUAAUAUGAUUCCUCCCAGGGGCUGUGCUUACGUCUGCAUGGUUCAUCGGCAAGAUGCAUUUCGGGCUCUUCAGAAACUUAGUUCUGGAUCGUAUAAAAUCGGUUCCAAGGUUAUUAAGAUUGCUUGGGCUUUAAACAAAGGUGUGAAAACAGAAUACAAACAAUUCUGGGAUGUGGAUCUUGGAGUCACAUAUAUACCCUGGGAAAAAGUUAAAGUGGAUGAUUUGGAAGGUUUUGCAGAAGGAGGCAUGAUUGAUCAGGAAACUGUAAAUACUGAGUGGGAAACUGUGAAAAGCUCAGAACCUGUUAAAGAGACGGUCCAGACAACUCAGAGCCCAACUCCAGUUGAAAAGGAGACAGUGGUCACCACCCAGGCAGAGGUUUUCCCUCCACCUGUUGCUAUGUUACAGAUUCCAGUAGCGCCAGCUGUGCCUACAGUUAGUUUGGUCCCACCAGCAUUUCCUGUGUCAAUGCAGGUUCCUCCUCCUGGAUUCAGUCCCAUGCCUCCACCUUUUCUUCGGGCAAGUUUUAACCCUUCACAACCACCUCCUGGCUACAUGCCACCUCCAGUCCCUCCACCUGGUGUACCACCACCUGCUAUUCCCCCCGUGGUGCCAACAUCUUUAGUGCAGCCGCCAUUAUCCAUGACUCCAGAAACUGUGAAAGAUGUUGGAUUUGGUAGCAUUGUUUUACCAGGUGGUUCUGUUGCCAGCAGUCUUGCUACUUCUGCUUUGGCAGCUGGAAAUGUUUUUAAUCCUCCAACUAAACAAGCAGAGCCUGAAGAAAAAGUACCUCAUCUUAUAGACCACCAGCUUCCUUCUGGUGAAAACACCAGAUCAGUGAUUCCAAAUGAUAUUUCAAGUAGCUCUGCAAUUUUAGGACAGCCGCCAAAUGUGACAAGCAAUUCUGGAAUUAUGGGAGUUCAGAGACCAAAUGUAUCAAGUAAUUCUGAAAUUCUUGGAGUCCGGCCAUCUAAUGUUUCCAGUAGUUCUGGGAUUAUUGGACCUCAGCCACCAAAUAUUCUGAAUAACUCUGGAAUUUUGGGAAUACAGCCACCAACUGUUUCGAGUAGUUCUGGACUUUUGGGAGUGCUCCCCCCAAAUAUCCCUAACAAUUCUGGACUUAUAGGAGUACAGCCACCAAAUAUCCCAAAUACAUCUGGACUUUUGGGAACACAGCCACCAGCCGGGCCUCAAAACUUACCCCCUUUAAAUCUCUCUAGUCAAAGGAUGCCCAUGAUGCCAAUGUUAGACCUUCGUCCAGGACUCAUACCGCAGACACCUGGACCAAGAUUUCCUUUACUACAGCCUGGAAUUCCACCGCAACGAGGAAUCCCUCCCCCAUCGGUACUUGAUUCAGCCCUUCAUCCACCCCGUGGUCCUUUUCCUCCAGGAGAUAUUUUUAGUCAGCCAGAAAGACCUUUUCUAGUUCCUGGAAGGCAAAGUAUAGACAAUAAUCCAGAAAAAAGGAUACCACUCGGGAAUGAUAACAUUCAACAGGAAGGAGAUAGAGAUUACCGGUUUCCUCCCAUAGAAACCAGGGAAAGCAUGAGUAGACCUCCUCCUGUGGAUGUUAGGGAGAUGGUUGGACGGCCCGUGGAUCCAAGAGAAGGUCCUGGAAGGCCUCCAUUAGAUGGUAGGGAUCAUUUUGGAAGACCGCCCGUGGAUAUCAGAGAGAAUCUCGUGAGGCCAGGUAUGGAGCACCUUGGCCGAAGAGAUCACUUUGGCUUUAAUCCAGAGAAGCCUUGGGGUCACAGAGAUUUUGAUGAGCGAGAGCAUCGAGUCCUACCUGUGUUUGCUGGUCCGAAAGGCUUGCAUGAAGAAAGAGGCAGAUUUCGGGCCGGAAACUAUCGAUUUGAUCCUAGAAGUGGUCCUUGGAACAGAGGAUUUGGACAAGAAGUUCCCAGAGAUUUUGAUGACCGCAGAAGACCCUGGGAGAGGCAGAGGGAUAGGGAUGACAGAGAUUUUGAUUUCUGCAGAGAAAUUAAUGGAAAUCGUCUUGGACGAGAUAGGAUUCAAAACACCUGGGUCCCCCCUCAUGCUCGGGUUUUUGAUUUUUUUGAAGGGGCCACUUCUCAACGAAAAGGUGAUAAUGUGCCUCAGGUUAAUGGUGAAAAUACCGAGAGACAUGCUCCACCACCACCUUUACCAGUGCAGAAUGAUCCUGAACUUUAUGAGAAACUGACAUCUUCAAGUGACAUAAACAAGGAGAAGAGUGACACAGUUGCUGAUAUAGAAAGUGAACCAGUGGUAGAAAGCACAGAAACUGAGGGGACAUAAUCAUCACUCAGUAGGCAAGAUGAUGAAUGAAGUUCUGGCAGCUCCCUGUGUCCCAGGCCUUGUAGAAAUAAGUGAGACGUGCUCCAAAGCUCUAAUGUGCGCCGCAUCGGAUCUUGUGUAAGGAAGCCUUAAAAGGAACCCGCCGUUGCCCUAUUGAGAAGGCUCUGUGCUCUCAGGCAUUGUUUCUGAUUGAAUCCAGAGGUUGCCAGCAUGCCUCCCUGUAUUACCUGUUGGAACAGGUUUAAUUUUAUAAAUUUUAAACACAAACUCUAUGAGUUUCUAGUUCAUAAUUGUUCUUUUUGAGGAUCCACUCAGAUGAACAGUCGUGCAUCCGUAAGAGAUACCCACUUCCACUGGACCAGAACUGAUUGGAAUAUACAAGGCAACAGACUCCAUCUGUAGCACCAUCCGGUACCAGUGAUGGAAAGGAGAGAUCGCAAGGAAACCGCUUGGGGGGCAAAAGUCGCAGGGUGUCGGAACUACAGAUUUACUAGAACCAGUAAAACCAAGGCUGUUUUCUUGAACACACAUGUAGACUGUAGUUCUUCACUGGUGGCUUUAAUCCAUUAGUAACAGUCAUCUCCUGGGACACUCAAACAUUGAAAGUUUAAGCUUUCACUGAAAAAAACCCGCAGCUUUGAGAAAAUCCAGGGUUCACUAUAGUCUUCCGGGGGUUUUAUUCCAGCUUUCGUGUCCUCCUGUCACCAACAUCAGGUACUUAGGUGGUAGAAGAGAAGCCUACUGGAAGUGGACAAUGAACGGGCAUAUUACGUUGUAUUGUAAACAUACUUUAUAAGUACAUUUCUUAUUAGCUUCUUAUUCAGGCAGAAAUUAUAAAAGUUUGCUCUACGUGUCCAGACCAGGAUUUGUUUUGGAAAUUAUCAGUGUUCACAAUACCUGUAGGGAAAAAAUAUAUAUACAGAAACUCAAAUACGAGCACUCUUUACACCUAAAAGAAUAUUUUUAUCAUUCUUUGAUUUGUUUUGGCUCUGUCACAAAUUAAAGUGCUUGGAAUGCUGUAGUCUGUGGUCUUGAAAUUUAAUCAAUGAGAACCUAACAUUUUCACAGUAUGCUGUCACUUUGGACAUUCACAAUAAAAACUGAAACUACUAUGGGUC